GCAGAGUUUCCACUCGAGCGCCAAUGGCCCAUCGCGACCUGACGGCGCGGUUCCUCGACCGACGGCUCGUUGCGCAGCGCCGGCAGACGCAUGGUGCCAUGCGCUACGGUGGCGGCAAGCCAUAUGCUAUGGCCAAGACCUCGCAGCGGCCGACCGAGAUGGAAGAAGGUAAGGGCACGACAAAGCCCGCAUGGACACGCGCCGUCGACUUGGCCAACGAGUGCAUCGCGCAGCUGCAGCUCAAGCUCGACUAUUUGCAAAAGAUGCAUACGCGCCGCCUCAUGGUUCGCUUCGACGAGUCCGAGAAGCAACACGACUUGGACAUUGACAGCAUGACGCAAGAGAUCUCCAAGCUCUUCCACAGCGCCGAGUCGGCGCUUCAAAAAGUCACUCGCGAGCCGUUGACAGCAUCGGGGUUGGCGUCGCCCGCGGAGCGUAACGUGCGCGUGAACGUCCAGCGCUCGUUGGCCAGCAAGCUGCAGGAGCUCUCGAGUCGGUACCGUCGCAGCCAGCGCGAGUACAUGGAGACCCUGCGCUCGCAGCGCAACGUCUCGGGCGACGUGUUUCAAUGGGACUCGGCGGGGCCGAUGAGUCUGGCGACGUCGCAGCAGCAGCAGCACUUGCUGCACCUCGACGAAGACGCCGCCAUGGUCCAAGCCCGCGAGCGCGAAAUUCAGAAAAUCGCCAAGUCCAUCGUCGACCUCUCGACUGUGUUCAAGGACCUCGCCAACAUGGUCAUCGACCAGGGCACGAUCAUCGACCGCAUCGACUACAACAUGGAAGACGUCGUGACGCGCGUUCAUUCGGGGCUCAAGGAGCUCCAUCGCGCGGAGAAAUACCAGCACAAUGCGCGGCCGGCGCGGUGCAUUUACCUGCUUCUGAGCCUCAUCUCGCUCUGCUUUAUGAUCCUUCUCAUGAAGCACGCAACGCCGUACGUCGAGUAUUGACGACGCGUAACCUCGACUGAUUUUGCUCGUUCCCA